CUCUUUACAGCCUUGGGGGACAACACCUCGCUUUGCUAUAAAGUACUUUAAAAAACUUGGAUGCUCAUCCUAAAUUCUUAACAUCACAUCACAAGCCAAAGACUAAGCUUCCAGUCAAAAUGAAAUUAGCCCUGCCAACUGUCAUCUGCUGCUGUGUUUUCACCACUGUCCUGCCACUGGUGAAAGGUGCAACAGGGGAGCUCAACGCCAGCUUGAAAAAAAGGUUAAAAGCUUUGCUUCAGAACCGCAUGAAGAGAGAGCUGCCUGGUGAUAUAAUAAUGCUAAGUGAGGAGCAGUGCAAUGACAUCCUCAGUCAACUGCAGCAGGAAGGGACUGAAAACACUGUCUCCCCUUCACCAAGCCCUGGACUUCUUAUCAGACGCAGGAAGUCAACCACAUCCAAAUCAGGUGGCUGCGUCCUGGUCACUUGCGCAAUCCAUGAUCUGGUCUUCCGACUUCAUCAGAAUACCAACAAUGGAAAAGAAGCCACUGCUCCCCCAAGACACUUUAGUGCUAAAGGCUACGGCCGCCGCCGCCGUCGCUCACUCCUGAAAACAUUUCUGCCUGCCAUCCAGACAAGACGUCAAAGACCGAAAACAGAGGCUGCUCAACAAGUCCGCCAGCUCAAAAGCACUCGCACAGCAGCGUAAGAAGGGAAAAGUAUAGCAAAGAAGAUUCCUACUUGGGGUUUUUUGCACGCAAAAGAUGAGGAUAAAAUUCUUCAUAGGUUCUAUUCCACAGAUUUACAGCUAGGUAUGCAGAAAGAUGGCUGCUGCAUCUGCACAGCCAAUCAGCAGAGUAUUUAUUCAAGUCGCUUACAUUUAAAGUGAGAUUCCAAUGCUGUUUAGAUUUUACUGUUUGGACAAGUGUGAAAUUUAUCAGUGAAACCAGGUCAGGUGUGUGCGGCUUGACAAGUGUGUCAGUGUCUUGUUCAGCUUUCAGAAUUAACUCCAUUUGUGAAAUAGAAGACAGUCCCUGAAGAUGUCCUCUGUCAUAAACUGAGGAGAAAGCGAGGCUCUGCUGAGGAAAGACCUGUUCUUAAAGCACUGACUUUAACUGGAUCCCAAACUGCUGCAAGCAGGAGCCUUUUAUACACGAACUGAAUGUGGAGACUGCUUGUGAAGUGAUUGUAAAGUGCAACUUAUGCAGUAUGUACUAGGCUUAAACAUAGUCACUAAUAUGUCCUUAUCAGCUUGUAUGUAAUGAAAUAUAAAGCUACCUUAUAUUUAAGCACACUAUUUUUUUACAUGUCCAUAAUUCAUAUAGUACAUGUUCUGUGUUGGAUUUUAACUUCAAUGAAGUAUCUUAAAUGUGUAAAUGAGUAUAUCGUCUUGAAAGUGUCUUAAAACAUGGUAUUAUCAUAGCUUAUUGGAAAUGUAUGUUCUGAGUGUUUGGUUUGAGUAAUACAGUGGCAGGUUAAAAACUUGACAGCAGUUAUUUUUGUUGGGCACUGAAUGCUGAAGAAAACCAUGGAUGGCUUCUUUCUUGUAUGAAUUGAAGAGACUGAUGUGCCACUCACAGUGUUGUGCUGCCAUCUAGCUUUACAGUUGGCUACAUGUAGCAAAGACUUGCCAAAUAUUUUUAAGAAUCAAUGCAGCUUUAACAAAGCACUUAGAGAGAUACUCGAAAAUGUUUAACCUUAAAAUAUUUAGUUUGAAUGUAUCUGCCUCUUAUAUGAAUGUAAGAAAUAAUUAAAAACUUGAUGUUACAUUGAUUUAUGUGCUCUUAUUAUGAACAUAACUGGAGCUUUAAUUGU